CGCCGACUGGCAGCGUUCAUGAGUAGCCAUGUCUGGUAUCGCUCUGAGUAGGCUGGCGCAGGAGCGGAAAACGUGGAGGAAAGAUCACCCAUUUGGCUUUGUCGCUGUUCCCACGAAGAAUCCCGAUGGCACGCUGAAUCUGAUGAACUGGGAAUGUGCUAUUCCUGGGAAAAAAGGGACGCUGUGGGAAGGUGGCCAGUACAAGUUGAGGAUGCUGUUUAAGGAUGAUUAUCCCUCGUCUCCUCCAAAAUGUGAGUAUUUUCUUGGCAUGGGAGAAGGGAGAGAGCUGAUAAAACUGGCUUAUUCCGAGGAAACAGCGAAGGAGCGGUUUAUAUCAACAGCACGUUCUCCAGCACCGGCCGAUCAUGAGCAGAGUGCUCAGAUUUAUUAGAACCUCCCAUGAUUU